AUGGCUCUCAAGCUCACGAUCCUGGCGGCAGCAGUGUUCGCGUGCGCCCACGGCCGCAUGUUCACGUACCGGCCACACGACACGCACGUGCAGCACGCCACACACGUGCAGCACGCCACACACGCGGCCCACGACACGCAUGCGGCACAUGCGGCACACGCGCACGCGCAGAGGCGGCUCGGCUACGAACACAUCUCCGAUGAUGAGCACGUCGAUUACUAUGCGUAUCCCAAGUACGUAUUCAAGUAUGGAGUGAACGACUUCCACACCGGGGACAUCAAGACCCACCACGAGAGCCGAGACGGUGAUGUUGUCAAAGGACAAUACACCGUUGUAGAGCCUGACGGUUCUCUGCGCACCGUGGACUACACCGCCGACAAACACAACGGUUUCAACGCGGUCGUGCACCGGACCGCCCCCAUCUCACAACAUGAGGCCUUACACCUAUAAGAGAGUUGUCUAACACCAAAUAGGAACUAAAGAGUGUAAGCUUAGCUGUUAGUGGUACUACAAUGAGAUAGAUAGCGCUAAAUAGGUCCACGUAUUUCUCCGAAAUGCGAUCAGGAUUUCGUUUGGUUGUUGGAGAUCUCUUUACUUGUUUUGUAUCGUUAUUUAUUGUUAACUAACUUUAUUAUUAUAAAUGAUAAAUUUGAUGUUUUCUACGGAAUGUACUUGAGUAAUUGUUAGAGUUGUUUGUUAAUGUUUAAGUGUACAUAAAAUUUGUAUGCCGAUUUUAAUAAGCAUA